CGGAAAUCGGAAUACGAAUGUACUGAUAAAAUCUAGUAGACACUAUCACACUAGACAGUAGUGAUUUAAAUUAAAUAAGAGUAAAAGUAGCUUUUCAAUCCUGAAGUUACUGAAGAAGAAACGGAAAUUUAUCAAUUUAUUCUUACAUCUAAAAAUUAUUUAUUCCAUACAUUCCAAACAUAAUAUACUUUUAUCACUUAAUAAAUUUAGAAUUUAUAUAGGGCAUAUAUAUUUCAUUCUAUAUCUGACUAUUUCUGUAUGGCAGGUUUGAUAAAACUACACUUACAAACCAUUAUAUUUAAUUUCCAAUGAUGUAAAACCAACUAUCCUGCUAAAUUUAGAAAGUUGUAUAUAUCAAAAGUCUUCUAAUAUGAUUAUGGUGUGUUCCAGCAAAGGUCCAAUCAGAAAUAUAAAUGGUAAACCAUCACCAGAUAUGAAGAGAAGCACAAAACGGGAGAGAUACAGAUAUGGUGAUAGCAGUGAUGGACCUCCAGCUAAGAGGAUACAAGUUGGUUUUACUAUUAAUUACCAAGUGUUAACAAGAGCAGCGGAAUCCGUAUCAUCAGGUGCGAAGUCACCUGUGUCAGCCCUGAAUGAGCUGGGUAUUAAAGUAACAUACACUGUGCUCGACUAUAGAGGCCCACCGCACUGUCCUAGCUUUACUGUGGCAGUUACUGCGGCUGAUAUGACAUUUAAAGGUCACGGCACAAGCAAGCGCGACGCAAGAGCCAAUGCUGCAAAGGUCUGCCUCAAUACGCUGUUGGCGAAUGCCGGACAGAUAAUGCCGAAAAAUAAUGAUAUUGAUUUUAGCAAUGAUCAAGUUGUACACGCAUCUGUGCCGAAAUUCCAACUCCCGCUAAAACCCAGCCAGGUUGAGGAGACAGCCGUAUUGCAGGAGGCACUGGUACCAGUGCCGGUUAAAGAAACCCGUGAUGUAAAUGAACCGGCUCCAUUGUUCACUCCAGUAUACAGUCUUCCAUCGCACAAAAGCCCUGUCAAUAUUGUGUAUGAGACUUUCCCGGGAGUUGUAUUCAGUACAACUCUAGGUGACGGGUCACCACUCGAUUCGGAGACUGUUCCAGCACAAAUAAGUCAUAGCAUGCGUUUCAAGACUGUCUGCAAGAUCAAAGAGCAAAUCUUCGAAGGAUAUGGUUCUAGUAAAAAGCAAUCGAAGCUGGCAGCUUCGAGAUCAGCGUUGGCCAACCUUCUGGGAACACCGACGGAGCAAAUCACAACGCCAACCACAUAUUGCAAUACGCUCCCACAAUACAUCGCCGAUCACGUUUCUAAAUUGAUAAAUGAGAAAUUCACCGAACUUAUGCGGAAUGAUCCGGCGCAUUCCAAGCGAAAAGUCUUGGCUGGAAUCGUUAUGACCGUUGGAGAGGGUAUAGAAAAGUCGAAGAUUAUAGCAGUAUCUACUGGGACUAAAUGUGUUUCCGGCGAAUAUAUGUCGGUUAGUGGAAGAGCUGUCAACGAUUGUCAUGCUGAGGUGGCCGCGCGACGUUGUCUACAGCGAUAUCUGUACAAUCAAUUGUUGAUGUACGCAAGUUCUAAAAAUCCCCGUAUGCCAAUAGAGGAAUCUGAUCUAGAGCCUUUGCCGGAAGGUGGAUACAGAUUAAAAGAGAAUAGGCAACUCCAUUUAUAUAUAAGUACAGCGCCUUGUGGUGAUGGAAGGAUAUUCAGCCCUCAUGAGACGCAGACGGAACGGGAUAAACAUCCAAACAGAUUUUCUCGAGGGCAGCUUCGUAGCAAGAUUGAAUCCGGCGAAGGGACAAUUCCAGUGAAGAAGUCUGCGUUCAUACAAACAUGGGAUGGAGUUUUACAGGGCGAGCGUCUUCUAACAAUGUCGUGCUCGGAUAAAGUGGCGCGCUGGUGUGUCACCGGCCUACAGGGAGCGCUUUUAUCGCAACUCAUCAAGCCUAUUUACCUCGAUUCGUUGGUGCUUGGGUCCUUGCUGCAUACGGAGCAUAUGUAUAGAGCACUCUGUGGACGCAUUGAAGGUUUCAUCCAGGGUUUGCCGGAGCCGUACCGUCUCGUUGCGCCAAAGUUAGCGCGUGCUGCAAGCACGGAGACCAGAUCGCCGGCCCGCGCGCCGUCUUUCUCUGUUUGCUGGUGUGCUACUGCCCAGACACCAGAAGUGGUGAACGCGGUAACAGGGAAACUGGAUAAUGAACUACCCUCACUUUUGUGUAAGCAAGCAAUGUUCGCGAGGUGGAUAUAUCUUACAAAGCAACUUUCGUCUCUACCACAGGGAAACGUAGCUGGGAGACCAUUGGUUCAGGAUCCGGAGAAGUUACUCUAUGCUGAAGCAAAGCAGCUGUCGACUAGCUAUCAGAUGGCGAAACAGUGUCUUGUGACCGCGUUUGAGAAAGCUCAACUGGGUACGUGGGUGAAGAAACCAAUAGAACAGGAUCAAUUCUUAUGUGAAAUACAGGAGGCAAGCCCUCAAGUACUGUUCGCCUAGGCGGGUCACGAACCAUGUAUCAACACGCAGGUAAUCAAACCCGGGCUAAACACUUCAAAUAUUCACGCGUAUAAUGAUACAUUAUCAUUUAAAGAGAUUAUACGUAACAUUCCAAAGCGCAUACGCAACGUAGAUGAAGAUAACUUUAAUGAAAUUAAUGAUAAAGAAAAUGCGGGCUUAGAAUCAAAUCUUAAAGUAACAAACGAUACUUUUAAUUUUAAAAGUAAAGAAUUUGAUCUGGAAAUUGUGAAUCAUAUUAAUAACAAAUUUGAAGUCAUGUUAAGUAGGUAUUUAUAAAAUUAUAACAACUAACGUUGUCAAACGCUUGCAAGAUUUCCAAAAUGACACCAGUUUGAAACGAAGUUAUUCAAAUACGGAACCAGUGAAUAAUUUUAUGUUUUAAAAGAAAUAAAAGAAGACUAAAAUGCUUUGAAGAUGAAACGCUUUUUGAUAAUAAAGAAUGUACUAGAAACAAUUUAGAUGUUAAAUAUUAGGUAAGAGAGACUGACUAUGAGGAUUGUGAAGAUUUUAGUAACGUAAUAGCAAAUGUAAAACAAUUUAACGAUCUAAAAUAUGAUUGUAAUGAUAAUAAUACACCUAUGUGAACUGAUUCAGAUUUUUGCGGAUCUUUAAAUGCAAAACUUUAUUGAAUCAAAAUAUCUGAAAUUGGGAAUAAAAUUAAUAGAUUUAAGACUUGAAUAGGCGUAUUUUUUUCUCGUAUUCAAAUUAGAAUUUAAAGAACUGAUCUCAUUAUUUUAGUUAUACGUAAGAAUGAUAACAAACCAAUAUUUUAAAACUAUCGUUAUACUACGUACAUUCUAGACAGUUUUGAAUCUGCACCUGUAAAUGGAGUUUUAAAAAUUGCAUUAAUAUUCAUUGACUGACGAAAAUCGAACUUUAGGCCCAAACAAGGAAAAUAAUAAAAGGGAAAAAAAAGAGUAAAAAUCUAAAGGUUUUACAAUCUAGAGUAGAAUGAAAAAGAGAAAAAGAAAAAAUUAGGUAUUCAAUAGUAUUUAUUCACUAAAAUCAAAUAUUCGUACAUAAAAAUCUUCCCAAUAAAUUUACUGUGGCACAUUUGUACAGUAUUUGUUUGUCUAACAUUUUCUAAAUAAGUUAUGACUUUAAGGUCUAUGUAACCAGUUCAUAAAAUUAAAAAAUAAAUUUAAAAAAAAAGUAUUUGUUUGUCUGCGGUCCAACUAAGUCCGAUAAAGAAAAGCGUUAUCAGCCCAUGUUUGAAUGUCAAAUGUCACAGAAUUUAUUUCUUGAAAAAUUACCACUUCUCAACAAGAAACUUUUUGACGUCAUCUAAUUUCAGUGUCAAUUUAAAAUACUUUUCAUUUCUCAAAUGUGUUAAGUCCGGGUGUCACCGCUCACGAUAUAAUGCUGCGUGUUGGUAUUCAAGUUCGUGAUCAACUUAGCCGACAGUUGACAUUUCCAAAUUGUUGCCAGUAAAUAAAUAUUAUUGACAAUUAUUUAAGUUUCGUCCGUUCGCGCCAAUUUGAAUAUUGACAAUAAUAUUUUAUUACUUUAAAUAAAUGUAUUAUGAUUAAUAAUAAUUUUUCCAAUAAUUUAUUAUAUAUUUUUAUUGUUCAGCUAAUUAGUUCUAGGUAGUGGCGUGAAUCAACCAGUUAAGGCUAUAUACAAAAUAUAAAUACAAAAUAUGUUUUUUUUUUUCUAAUUUAUAUGUGAGGCAACUUAAUUGAUAGCAAUUUUUUUUGUAGUUUUUAAAUGCAUAUAAUGCCAAAGUAUUGUUAAAUGUUAGUCUUAAUGUUUAAUUUAGUUUGGGUAGUAGUCUUAUGCUACGGUUAAGAAAAAUGUGUGUUGUUUGUAUUUAAAAUAGGUUUUAAGUUUCAUAAUUUGAAUGGCAUUAAUCGACUAAUAGUUUCACAGAAAAAUUUUUGCUACGAUCAGCCAUACAUACAUAUUGCAAGAACAAGGUAUGUCUAGGGCACACAAGCACAGGUUGAACUCGAUAAUUUGGAAAAUAUUUGUGAUAACAACAUAAUUGAUGCUAACAUGAUCAUUUCGUAGCAUCAUCAACAUGAUCAUUGUUUAAUUUGACAAUUGACAAUAGAAAAUAGAUAAUCGUUUUACGUUAAAAAAGUCAAACAUUUGUCAACUGUCAAAUGUCACCAAGCUGUUGACAUGGCCAUGUCUAUAGUUAACCUCUGCCAUGAUUUUGACAUAGUAUUGAAUUAUUAAAAAAAAGAAGAUUGUGUGAUUUAAUAAAAGUAUUCUGAUAAUUAUUUGCAGCUUUUUGAUUCAGUCAAUCAUGGCACAAUUAAAAAUAUAUUAGUGUAAUUGUAAUAGUCCAUUACCCGUGUCCCCUAAACUUAGUACGUCUAAAAUUUCUGAAGGUUUAAAAUAAUUACAUUAAAACAAAGUUUUUUAUUAGUGUUUUGUCUCAAUUUGUCAAAUUAUUGUAAUAAAAAGAGAUAUUAGUACUUAUAUUUUUUUAUAAAUAAGAAUUGAAUUCAAAGUAUUAUUUAUCACAUUGAACCCAGAUGAUAUUUAUUUUUAAUUCUUAUAAAAAAAUUUACGCCAUGAUUCAAAGAAUUUGUACCACAAAAAACACACCGCUUUGUCCCUAUCACUCUGAUGUUAUAUGAACGAGACAGAACACGCUUGGUAAAAUUUAACAACAUAGCUUUACCACGCACAAUGUAGGCUAUGCUAGACUAAUUUGCUAUUAUUUUAUUGUUGAUAUUUGUGAUUUCAUAGUUUGGGUAUUAUGUUGUGAUUAUAGUUUUAAGAAUUAAAUUUGAAAUAUAUUUUG